AGGAAAAGAAAAACAGCGAAACCAACAAUAGCAGCUUUGGACAGCAUAUUUGAGUGAACAGCGAUUGGAGAGGAAGCAGAGAAAGAAGAAGAAGCAGAAGAAGAAAGCUAAACGCCAGCUCUGAGUCUGUCCACACGUGACUAAGCAGCACCUCCACAAAGAAGGCGUUGAAGGAGCUGGAGAAGGAGAAGAAACUGAUUCUGGAGCAGUCGCUGAGGAAGUGGUGGAAGCAGUGGUAAGAGCAGCUAGUGGAAGGUGUUAGAAGAUGCCAUCAACGUAUCCUUAUUCGUUGGAGUCUGCGUUGGCAGACGAGGUGGAAAACGUCCUUGGGGGAUUGGAUCCAUCGCCCAGUCGAGGUCGCUUGAGCAAUUCGAUAUCGAAUCAAACCUAUCGAUCCCUCUCCAGGGGAAGAACAGCCAGUGUUUAUGAUGAGGUUCCCAAGGAGUACAGUGCCAGUCGAGGCAGAAAGGACACCAACUUAAAAUGGUCCAUUUUGAAACAUGAUCCCUCAGAGAGAAUCAUUGGCGCUAACGAUGGUAACAGUAACAGCAAGAAGAACAUUUCUAUUGAGCAGAGUGAUGAAGAGCAGAUCAGUGAUACCGAUAAGGAGUUUGAAUACAAUGAUGGAGAUGCUAUAUUGCCCAAUUAUGUUUCAUUUUUCCCUAAUGAUUAUAGCAAUUCCAAUCAAGUCAAGACGCCAUCUCAAUCUCUAUUUCAAACCCAAGCAUUUUCGAAAUUAUCUAAUGAAGACAUGUUGAGCAAUGCAUUAAGCAACAAUAAGCCGGUGGUGAAGACAUCGUUGGACAAAGUUAAAGAAGCGAUGAAUUAUGGAGAUAAUAUUGCGACGUUAGAGGCAAUUGAAAAUGCAAGACAAACUGAUUCUCCGAUUCCAAAGGAUCUCGAGGAGAAAUUCGGCAGCCUAAAUUUAAGUCUUCCCAAUGAAAAGACCAAAAAUGAAAAGUUGAAACCAUAUACUUUAUAUAAGAAAUCAAUAACAGAUCCCAUGAAUUCAUUAAUUAAAGAUGAUGAUUUUCAAGUUCCAUAUACAUUAGAUAGUGAUCACAAAUCGGAUAAACACAUUAUAGAAGCAUUGAAUGAAAAUAUAAAGAUAUCAGAAAUCAAUUCUAAUUUAGAGAAUUCUCGAUGUAUUAGAACAAUAACCCGAGGAGAUUUCUUUAAUAAGAUAUCGAUUUAUAAGAAACCAAAGACCUUCUUAUUAUGCAUGGACUUUUCUCCCGAAUCUAAAUAUGCCUUAGAAUGGACAAUUGGAACAGUACUAGUUGAUGGUGGAGUUUUAUUGAUCUUAUAUGUGAUUGAAGACAAUAAAUUUAUUUCGCCAGAUAAUAAUAUUAACAAUAUCAAUAAUACUAAUACUAAUGAUAGUAGCAAUAGCAACAACGAUAAUACUAACAAUAAUAAUACCAUAGGUGAAGAACAGUUGAAGGAAAUUAAAGAACAAGAAACUGCAAGAAUAAAUGGGGUCAGGAAUCUAAGUGAAGAUGCAUUAAGUUUGAUCAAGUCUACAAAAUUACAAGUACAUAUAGUCGUUGAAGCAAUCCACCAUCCAAUUCCAAGACACUUGGUGAUGGAAGUAAUUGAUCACAUUCAACCAACGCUAGUUAUCGUUGGCUCUAGAGGAAAACAGGCUAUCAAAGGCGUAACAUUGGGAUCGUUGUCCAACUAUUUGGUCAACAACAGCUCUGUACCCAUUAUGGUUGUUCGAAGGAAGGUCAAGCGAGUCACCAAGAAGAAAACGACCAGCAACAACAUCGAGCAUGUCCAGAGCUUGAAGUUGGCGAAGGUUGACUAGUCUUGCAAGUAUCGUUCAAAGUAUUGCUUUUCAUAUUGUUUUUCUCGUCUUUAUAGUACAAAUUCACAUCAAUCGAAAACCGCAACUUGAACCGUCGAUUACCGCCGUGCAUGGUAAAAUCACGUACACGAUCACGUACACGAUCAUUUGCUGCGAAACGGACGCCCACCACCGCUGACAGUCCGUCAUCUUUGGCAUCUUCGGCGUCCGUAUUUUGUUCGUUUGUUCGUUUUUCCUUGGUGGUUUUUUCACCAUUUCUACUAUCUUUUGAAGUCUUUUCACCUCUUUCGCCUCUUCCAC